AUGUCUGACUGCUUUCACCCGCCGGGGAACGAGACGCUGCUGAGCUGGACGGGCUCGCGGGCCACGGGGACGGCCUUCCUGCUGCUGGCCACGCUGCUGGGGCUGCCGGGCAACGGCUUCGUGGUGUGGAGCCUGGCGGGCUGGCGGCCGGCGCGGGGAAGGCCUCUGGCGGCCACGCUCGUGCUCCACCUGGCGCUGGCCGACGGCGCGGUGCUGCUGCUCACGCCGUUCUUCGUGGCCUACCUCCUGAAGGAGCGGUGGCCGCUGGGCGAGGCGGGCUGCAGGGCGGUGUACUACCUGUGCGCGCUCAGCAUGUACGCCAGCGUGCUGCUCACCAGCCUGCUGAGCCUGCAGCGCUGCCUCGCCGUCACCCGCCCCUUCCUGGCACCGCGACGGCAGCGCAGCCCGGCCCUGGCGCGCGGCCUGCUGCUGGCCGUCUGGCUGGCCGCGCUGCUGCUGGCCGUCCCCGCCGCGGUCUACCGCCACAAGUCGGGGGACGUGUGCCAGCUGUGCCACCCUUCGGGGGCGCACGCCGCCGUGCACCUGAGCCUGGAGACCCUCACGGCCUUCGUGCUGCCCUUCGGGCUGGUGCUCGGCAGCUACGGCGUGACGCUGGCGCGGCUGCGGGGCGCGCGCUGGGGCGCCGGGCGCCGGGCCACGCGGGUGGGCCGGCUGGUGAGCGCCAUCGUGCUGGCUUUCGGCCUCCUCUGGCUGCCCUACCACGCGGUCAACAUCGUGCAGGCCGUGGCCGCGCUGGCCCCCCGGGAAGGGGCCCUGGCGAGGUUCGGCGGCGCGGGCCAGGCCGCGCGCGCGGGCACCACGGCUCUGGCCUUCUUCAGUUCCAGCGUCAACCCGGUGCUCUACGUCUUCUCCGCGGGGGACCUGCUGCCCCGGGCAGGACCCCGUUUCCUCACCAGGCUCUUCGAGGGCUCCGGGGAGGCUCGAGGGGACGGCCGCUCCAGGGAGGGCACCAUGGAGUUCCGAGCCACCCCCAGGCUGAAAGUGCUGGGCCAGGGAAACGAAGACCCAGGGGGCGGAGCGGACAAGGAUGGUCAGGGAUAG